AUGGCCUUACGAAGGAUAGGAGCGUUGGCCCUGAGUGCCACCCUGGCAUCCGCAUUCCGGGACACAUCGCCCUUCUUCAUGUUCUCCGACUCCCCGCUACCGAACCCCGUUGCAACCACGCAGCUUGCGCUAUCCGGUCAGCUCUCAUCGCAAAUCCAACGCUCGCUUGCAGAUUGCCCUUCCGAUACCUACAUUAUCGUCUCCCAGCCCGGCAUAUCUGCCGCGGACUUCUCCGACCGAUCAUCUACCCCCCAUCUACGGGAUUACGUCGAUCAACAUGGCGGUCAUAAUGGCAUUCAGUCCUCUGUGGCCGUUGCCGAAGUUGUGGGGGCACUGAGUACGGAUGCGCUAUCACAGCGCUUGGCGGACAGAUGCAAGGCUACAAUCAUCACGGUGGAUUCGGAGAAACGCCACAUCAAUAUGGGCAAGGCGACACCACGAGUUAUCAAAGUCGACUUCCCGGUACUACCUUCCCAUCGCGAGGAGAGGGUUGCAGAGCUCGGGAGGCGAGACUCUUACCUGGAUGCCAUGAUAGCGGCCGCAGGCGAGAGGUUUACAGUCAUCUACACGACAACACCACCAUCUUCUGAGCAGCUUGCUGCAACACAGCAUAAGUCGCAGGUGGUGUAUGAGAUGGACGAGUCAUAUCCCGAAGCCUAUCAUAUGGAUCUGAAGCGAGACGUCUCCAGCCACGCGGAUAAUAAUACUGCUUCCAAGCUUCCGCUAUUCGAGAAAUACCAGUUCUUGUCAUCGGGCAUAUUUAUGGGCCUUUCCGUCAGCCUGCUCCUUUUCAUGAUUCUGUACGUGGCUGUCAGCGCCGUGUCGAGCCUUGAAGUUUCAUACUAUGCUUUUAGCAAAGAAAUGGGCCCUGCGGCGCAGAAGAAGCAGGGUCAAUGA